AUGUUCUUUAAAAAUAGAUCAUUGGAUAAUAGAGCCAUUAAGAAGGACCUUAAAGAAUUGAAUGGAUUUAAUUAUAGCUUUAGACAACCUUCAGAAUCCACCGAAUCUUAAAAAUCAGUUAGCCUAAGCACUAGCAGUGGAUAACUAUCAAUAACAAAAUUAAAUUCUAGCAGUAAAGAUCAAUUAAGGCUACUGUUUGAAAAUAAUAGUAGCGAAAAAUAGGCCUAUGAACAUUAUGACUAAAAAUUAAUACCACUUGAAUCAAUGAGAAUAAGUUUAAUUAUUGACAUUGAUAGAACAUUAGUCGAUAUAGUAGAUAAAAAGAGAUAUGAGGAGAUUAUAAAAAAGUGUUUUUUCAGUAAAGACAUGAGAAUCAAAUAAGUUGACGCUUCAGUUUUGAAAUCUUCAAGAUAUGUGCUACAGACUAAAUCUCAGUUGCAAAAUUUUGUUAUUAUUGAUAGGAAGGAAAUAACGUGGAUAAAUGAGGACAAAAAUGUUUUAUUUUUGCUAAAAACAUUCGCUCCACUAUCUGAAACAAUAUCUGAGGAGUAGCAUCUUAAUGAUAUUCCUAUCUUUGUUCGAAGCAAGCGCUAUCAGUAUCUUUAAAAUUAUCAUUUGAUGACUCUUGAAGAAUGUCAGUAGGAAACUACCUUAAAUGUCCUUGGAAAUUGUUUAAUAUAAGCAUUCGAGAAGAGUAAAUAGGUAAAUUCUACAAUUAAAAAUUCGUACAAUUUGCUUGGAGGUAAUGCUUACUCGGGAUAGUUUGUCAACAUCAAUUAUUUGAAGGGUUCUUAUAAAGAUUACAAACUUCAAAAUAAUGAAAUGAGUAUUGAAUUUUUAGUCGAGGUGAUUUGUAGACUUAGAGCAAUCUUGGAAAAUGAAAAUUUAGACUACUAUUAAAAGUAGCAGGAAGUAUGUACCGAUAAAGAAAUUUAAAGAAUACCCAGAUCUAAUGCAGAUACAGAAAUUGAGGAAAAGUGA